AUGGCUUUGAAGAAUUUGGUUUUUCUUUCCAUGGUGACACUGAUCGCAUCCCUCAUAAUGAGUGCAAGUAAUGCAACUGCUACCAGGAAAAUUUCUGCAGGGAUCAAAACGAGCGGUGAAGGCGAAGGCGGGCUAGUGGAAUGCGGAAAUGCGCUGGAGGAGCUGAAAUCUUGCUCGCAAGAGAUUGUUGUGUAUUUCCUGAAUGGGAAGGCUAAUAUCGGCCCAGACUGUUGCAAAGCUAUCGCCACCAUUACACGUCACUGCUGGCCUGCAAUGCUUACUUCCCUUGGCUUCACUGCAGAACAAGGUGACAUCUUACGAGGCUACUGUGAUGCUGCGGCUGCCGUGACUACUACUGCUCCUGCUGCGGCGCCACUUGCUCGUACAACACCUCUUACCAGUUGUUGA